AUGUUGCGGUGUCCAGGUAAUUUUCUAUUCAGAACGAAGGCUACGCGCAUGCCAUCGAAUGUGGCGACUUGCUUCGUGCAGAAGCGCGGUAUCUCAGUUGACGGAUCAGCAAAGCGCACGUUCUUUGCGCUCUACCAGGCACAGCAGCAGCUACAACAACAUCAUCAUCAUCAACACCGGAUGAGUACGAGUGCAUGUCGCAACUCUUGUCGUGCAUUUUCUAGCACAUCAAUCCUACGGGAAGCGAAGAAACCAAAUGACCAACUUGCCGGUUUUCAUGAAGUGGGAAAGUACGAAGAGAAAGAGGAAGAAAAACAACAGGAUCAGGAAGAUCCAUUUUCAGGAAAUGCAGGACCUGGCUAUUUACCCUUUCCACCACCUUUUCAUACAUUUAAUGUGGUGAUGCUACUUUUUCUUGCUAACGUCAUUACUUAUCUACUUAUGAAUUUCUCGGGAAGCGAUGAUAUACGAGACUUCAUUGUUGAACAUUUUACUCUAUCACAUGAAAAUGCCUGGAAAAUUUAUCCUCUCUUUACCAACGCCUUUUAUCAAGAAAAUCUUCUUCAACUUCUUAUUGACUGCUGGUUGUUAUGGCAGUUUGGAAAUACAAUGUUGGGAUUUCUUGGUAACACUCGUAUGACAUUCUUCGCCGUACUCUGUACACUUGGUGGAAGUUUUAUUCACAUUGCACGACAACAGUUUGAGUUAUACUAUGGCAUGGACCCACUAGAGGUGCGUGGACGUUGUUAUGGUCCCAAUCCCUUUAUUCUCGGUCUUGUGGGUGUUGAGGGGCUUAUUUUCCGACACCUUAACUUCAUUCAACAACCACCUGUGCCUUUCUUAGUACUCACUGCCUUUGUGAUGGUUAUUGACGUCUGGCGUAUCUUUACAACAAAACCAGAGGAACACGGCGCCUCUACAGGCGGUGCACUUGUGGCGUACGUCUUCUGGGCCCUUCCUACACGUAUGUUAGGACUUGACAAACUCACGGCAGCACUGUAG